UUGCAUGAUUUAGGAAUUCUUUAGUAAGAUUAAAUAAAUGUAUAUAAUACACGCAUUAAUUUUGACGCAACCUCCAUGUGAAGAUCAGCAUCUUUCUAUUCCAAGUGUCCUUCUGGCGCAACCUCCAUUCUAUGUACUAUACACAGCUUCAAGAAACCUUUGGAAUGCCAUUUUAUAGUGUUCCUACUAAUCUUCGAGUGCAAUCUCAAGAGAGGAAAAAGAAACAAAACAAAAGGAAAAUGGCGUCUAAUGAAGCUCCCAUUCAUAUCCUCCUUGUUUCUUUUCCAGCACAAGGACACAUAAACCCUCUUCUUAGACUAGGAAAGUGUCUUGCUGCAAAAGGUGCCUCUGUCAUUUUCACCACAACAGAGAAAGCUGGCAAAGACAUGGGAAUUGUUGACGACAUCACCAACAAAUUAGCAACUCCGAUAGGUGAUGGUUCUCUCAUUUUCGAGUUCUUUGAUCAUAGUUUACUAGAUAAUGGUUCCGUUAACCAUGCAGAACUUGAGCGUAUUGGGAGACAGUUUGUUUCUCAAAUGAUCAAGAAUCAUGCUGAUUCAAACAAACCAAUUUCAUGUGUCAUAAACAAUCCAUUUCUUCCAUGGGUUUGUGAUAUAGCUUUUGAACACAAUAUUCCUUCUGCUUUAUUAUGGACUAAUUCCAGUGCAGUUUUUGCCGUUUGCUAUGACUAUGUCCACAAAUUGGUACCUUUCCCAUCAAAUGAAGAACCUUACAUUGAUGUUCAACUCAACUCUUCUAUAGUUCUUAAAUACAACGAAAUCCCAGAUUAUAUACAUCCUUUUAAUCCAUUUCCAAUUCUAGGGACACUUACCACGGCACAAAUAAAGGACAUGUCUAAAGUGUUUUGUGUAUUAGUGGAUACCUUUGAAGAAUUAGAGCAUGAUUUCAUCGAUUAUAUUUCAAAAAAAUCAAUCACCAUAAGACAUGUUGGUCCUUUGUUUAAGAAUCCAAAGGCAAAUGGAGCAAGCAACAAUACUCUUGGUGAUUUCACUAAGAGUAAUGAUGAUUCUACUAUUAUAGAGUGGCUAAACACAAAGCCAAAAGGUUCUGUAGUUUAUAUUUCUUUUGGGACUAUUGUGAAUCAUACUCAAGAACAAGUUAACGAAAUUGCAUAUGGGUUAUUGAAUUCUCAAGUCUCGUUUUUGUGGGUAUUAAAACAACAUGUUUUCCCCGAUGGCUUCUUGGAGGAAACAAGUGGGAGAGGAAAAGUAGUGAAAUGGAGUCCACAAGAACAAGUACUUGCUCAUUCUUCAGUGGCAUGUUUCAUAACCCAUUGUGGUUGGAAUUCAUCGAUGGAAGCAAUUACUUUAGGAGUUCCAAUGUUGACAUUUCCUGCAUUUGGUGACCAACUUACAAACGCAAAGUUCUUGGUCGAUGUUUUUGGGGCUGGGAUUAGAUUGGGUUAUGGUGAUAAGAAACUGGUAACAAGAGAUGAGGUGAAGAAGUGCUUAUUGGAAGCAAUAACAGGGGAAAAAGCAGAGAGGUUGAAACAAAAUGCAAUGAAGUGGAAGACGGCAGCAGAGGAUGCGAUGGCAGUCGGUGGUUCCUCGGACCGACAUCUUGAUGCAUUUAUCCAAGACAUUAAGAAACAUGGCACUGGUAAUAUUCAGAAGAUGUAAUAUCGUUAAUUUCAUUGUCAUCGUUGCAUAUUCAGAAAAUCCAUGCAGUUAUAUUUUUGUGUUAGCAGCUAUGUUGUGUGUUUUAUGAAUUGUAAUAAAUAGGCAAGUUAUGGAAAUGGGGUCAUUCAGUUA